CCAUUGAACAUGUCGACUGUUGCUGAGCUCAUUGAAAAGUGGUUGGAAGAAUAUCCUGCAGAAAAGGCAGAGGCCUCGUACUCCACACCUGAAGAAGUUUUGGACUUGAUCAACAAGUCGCCUGAAACUACUACCGUAGUUGACUUGAGAAACGACAGAGAACCCUCAGUUCUAAAGACAUCGGUACAUAUUCCUGCAACUGGAAUUGCUGGAUAUGACGACCUCAAAGCACGUGUCAUUGACGUAGUUACCGAGCAGAAGCCGGAAGUGAAGAACAUUGUAAUUCAUUGUAACAGUUCUAGAAAGAGAGCAGUGAGAGUUGCUGGUUGGAUCCAGGACUACAUCAACGAGAAUGAUGUCAAGGAUUACAAGGUGACGAUCUUGAAGGGAGGUAUUGCAGGAUGGUUCAACUUGGAUGAACCAUACCAGAAAGUAUUGAUUCCUGUCAAAGAUGAGUAA